AUGAUGCUCCAAAUUUCUAGUUCACCCAAACGAUUUUUAUCAAUCUGGCGCAGUCCUGCUCAGAAGAAGACACACAAACACGUUAUAAAACUGGCCACCGUUCGUCUCACUCCAAACUUAAAGCUCCUCUCCUUUAGGGUAUCUCGAAAUUUCCUUUACUUCAGCUUUGCUAAGCCCGAUACAGAUCUUCAUGAAUACAUUGAACUGUGUGAGGACGAUCUAAUCCAGGAUUAG